AUGAGUGGACCAAUCAAAGACAAGGCUGGCAAGCUACUGACAAUCGAGAAGGAACAUGAAGCACGCUGGACAGAACACUUCAGGGAAGUCCUAAACCAACCUCCACCUGAGGACACCCCAGACAUAGAGGAAGCUACCUUGGAUCUUGAAAUCAGCUCUGACCCACCACAGAAACACGAGAUUGUAAAAACUGUUAAGAGCAUGAAAACAAGAAAAUCUCCAGGAAUGGACAACCUGAAUGCUGAAUUGUUUAAAGUAGACCCCGGACUGACUGCAACUAUUCUUCAACCACUAUUCAAAACCAUAUGGGAGGGAGAGCAGAUUCCCGAGGACUGGAGCACUGGAGUCAUUGUUAAAGUACCAAAGAAAGGAGCUCUUAGAGACUGCAACAACUGGAGAGGUAUCCCGUUGCUAUCAGUUCCCAGCAAGAUCCUGGCCAAGAUUAUUAUUAAUCGGAUGUCGGAUGUCGUAGACAGCUGCUUAAGAAAAGAACAGGCAGGAUUCCGCAAAGAAAGAAGAUGCACAGAUCAGAUAUUUGCCCUCCGCAACAUAAUAGAACAGUGCACGGAAUGGCAGAGACAACUUUAUUUCAACUUCGUUGAUUUUGAAAAAGCGUUCGACAGUGUGCAUAGAGAAAGUCUUUGGUACAUUCUACGAUCUUAUGGAAUCCCUUGCAAGAUAGUGGAGGUCAUCAAGAGCUUCUACCAAAACUUCAAGUGCGUUGUUGGAAACAGUACCACUGCUUUUGAGGUAAAGACAGGAGAUAGACAAGGACGCAACAUGUCAGCAAUUCUGUUCAACCUGGCCAUUGACUGGAUAGAAGUAGAUAUAUGUGUUCGCAGGAACACGACAGGACGUAUUGUGCUGGGCAGUGGUCUCCCUUUGCCCAACUCUUCUACAACAACAGGAGAGCAGACAGGGCAGGACACGGCGCCUGUGUUGCGCAUGCCCGGGUUCGACCCGGAAGCAGUGAGGAUAGAGAGAGACCUUCGGGAGUUUCUGGAUGUCCUGCAGCACGAGCCCAUGAAAGCGUCCGAGCUGCAGUCUGUGGUGAGGGCGUGUCUUCAGCUGGCCGCCCAUGAGCCGUUGCCCGAAGUGUGGGACUCACCCCGUGACAAACAGCAGGAACUUACAGCAGUAGGUCGUCACGUCAGUGGGGGUGAUAAAGCCACGCGGUCGCAGACGGAAGAGGCAGAGCGAGGGAAGGUUGGAGGAAUCUCUCAAGACGUGAAUGGCUGCAGAAAGGCGAUGGAGAAUGAUUAUGCUGAUGAUGCUGAUGAUGCUGAUGAUGCUGAUGAUGCUGAUGAUGCUGAUGAUGCUGAUGAUGAUGAUGAACGUGUUGUUAUUGAGGCACAGAUGAAUUCAGUGGAUCGGCCUUCAGAAGGACAAAGAGCGUCGUCUCCUAUAAGAGGUGACGAAGGCGAGAACACUGCUGGGAGGUUGAGCCUUUCUCUAAGCAACGAGGAUGACGAAAAUGCCAACAAAAUUAUGGCGGAAAACAAACCUAUGUGUGAGCGGGAUCGCUAUCGUUCUGGCAGCGAGCACAGCGUCACCUCAUCGAGGGCAAGCUCUCGGCCUUCUCAGAGUGCGAGCGAUUCAGAAACUGAUGGGAGUGAGUGUAACAGGUCCAUGGAGUCUCUCAGGAGGAGUGAGGGAGCAGGAGAGAAGGCGCACACUGGCGCAACUGUACGAGAUGAUGGGUCAGACGUUAGUCUAGAUGGAAGAGCAAGGUCGCCAGAUAAUUCGAGCAUUCAGCGAGAUCAGUUGAGAAAUCGUCCUGGGAAAACGCAGAGAAGUUUUAAAGAUGGAGUGAGGGGUGACGAGAAAGAGGCUGCCCCUAACUGCGGUGGGAGAAGGCCGGCCAGGCAAUCUCAAGCCCCGCCCACAAGCCCCGCCUCCUCGCUGUGUUGGAGUGACAGUCACGAGGGUGCUCAUCCGGGCACGCCGCGCUCAGAAGGUUAGCACACAGUAGUUUUCUAGAGCAGCCCUUCUUUCUCUCUUUGUUCCUUUCACCUACUCCAUGAACUAGACUGUGCACGUUUAUAGUCAUGACCUUAUGCAGUUGCAUGCGCCGUAAAACACUUACCAAAAA